CGAGUCCUCCUAAAGUCCAGCCUCGCUACGAUCUGGACCUGGAUGCCAGCUAUGCCAAGACGUUUGCAGGAGACGUGGGCCACCUGUGGAAGACCUCAGACUCCCUGUUGGUUUGUCAGGAGCUGGUCAGGAAGGGAGUCAGGGGACUGAUUGAGUUAAUGAAGGAGGACUACAGCGAGAUGGUACAUAAGAAGUCAGAGGUCAUCCACGUCUGUCACUACUGCGCUCAGAUCCUGGAGAGGACAGAGCAGCUGUACGAGGUGUUAAUGCAGGCCAAUAUGUUGUCGUCGUCAGAAUAUGAUGAGAUCUCAGACAUGAGGAAGAAAAUAGUCCUUAUCUCUAACUCCUUAGUCCCCAUGGAGCAGACGGUUCAGGACAUCAAGAGUAAGUUCCUGUCAGGUGGUGUUCUGACGGACAGCUGGACUCAAGCUGGAACACACCCUGAAGACAGGAAUGUUGAGAGGAUCAAGGUUCUCCUGGACUCCAUUACAGCCAUCUACCACCAGUUUAAGAAGGACAAGGCUGAGAGACGUCUGCCGUACAACGAGGAACAAAUACACAAAUUUGACAAACAGAAGCUGGUGUUCCAUGCCACCAAGGCCAGGUCUCUGUUUACUGAGGAGUGUGCCAUGAAGUACCGCCUCUUCAUCUCUAAGAGCGAGGAGUGGAUGAGGAAGGUGCAUCACGUGAGGAAGCAGCUGAUUGGUCUAACCAGCCAAUUCAACAGCGUGGAGAAAGAAGUUUCCAUGGUGAUGGAGAGAGUUAUUAAGCUACAGGAGCAGUUACCUGGUAAGGUGCUACCUCUGGCAUCCAGUGGUAUGGUGAAGCCUCAAGCCUACCUCAGCCAGAGCACCUUGGUAGAGAUGACCCUAGGGAUGAAGAAGCUGAAGGAAGAGAUGGAGGGGGUAGUAAAGGAGUUGGCCGAGAACAACCACUUCCUGGAGAGGUUUGGCUCUUUGACAUUGGAUGGAGGAAUGAGAAGUGUGGACCGUAUCUGAGACCAUGUGGCACCUCGCUACACCCUACACCUUCACCCAACCUCCAUACCCACCCUACACCUUCACCCAACCUCCAUACCCACCCUGAACCCUCCCCCCUGACUCUCAACCCACCCCAAACCCUCACUCGUCGACUCUCACCCACCCCAAACCCUCACUCGUCGACUCUCACCCACCCCAAACCCUCACCCGUCGACUCUCACCCACCCUAAACCCUCACCCCUCGACUCACCCACCCUAAAUCCCCACCUCAAUCCACUUUCUAGACCAGGGGUCUCCAACCUUUUCUAGCAUGAGAGCUACCUUCAAAUAGACCCGUUGUUCUCCUCUCUCUGCAACUCUUCCCCGGGUCCUUAGUGUACAAGAGGCACUAUGUUUUCUGUCGAUAUACCUGGUAAAAUAAUGGUUUAAUAAACACUAAAGGAGGCCCUAUAAAAUCUGAGAUGGUUUUUCUCUCCCAAA